ACCUCUAGUGGACUAAUGGUGCUUUUUGGUGCUGACAGUGAGAGGGUGAGUGAGAAGGUUGGGGGAGCAGAAGGGACUAAACAUGAUGAUGACUUCACUGAAAUGGAAAAGAAGGUGGACACCACCAGCAGGGCGGUGUUGGACAUUAUGACCAAGACCACUGAGUAUCUGCAGCCCAACCCAGCCUCCAGAGCCAAGAUGACCAUGAUCAACUCCAUGUCUAAGAUACGUGGCCAGGAAAAGGGUCUGGGCUAUAUCCAGACAGAGACCAUCCUGGGAGAGUCCAUGCAGAAGUUUGGCAGGGAGCUCGGGGAAGAGUCCAACUUUGGCCUGGCUCUGAUCGAUGCUGGGGAGUCCAUGCGUGAGCUGGGGGAGGUGAAGGACGCUCUAGACAUGGAGGUCAAGCAGAACUUCCUGGACCCGCUGCAGACCCUCCACGACAAAGACCUCAAGGAGAUUGCGCAUCACCUGAAGAAACUGGAAGGCCGCCGCCUGGACUUCGACUACAAGAAGAAGCGUCAGGGCAAGGUGACGGACGACGAGAUCAAACAGGCUCUGGAGAAGUUUGACGAUACCAAGGAGAUCGCUGAGCUCAGCAUGUUCAACCUGUUGGAGAGUGAUCAGAUUGAACAGGUGAGCCAGCUAGCCGCACUGGUCCAAGCCCAGGUGGAGUACCAUCGGCAGUGUGCCGAGAUCCUCACCCAGCUGCAGUCCAAGAUGGAGGACCGGAUAAGGGAUUCCUCCAACAAGCCCAAGAAAGAGUUCAUACCUAAGCCGCGUCAGUCCCUGGACCUCUCUAGUGAGAACCACAAUGGAGCCAUCCAAGGAUCCAGGUCCCCAGCAGCAAGGUCUCCAGCAAGGUCUCCAGCAAGGUCUCCAGCUCCCCUGGACCAGCCAUCCUGCAGGGCGCUGUAUGACUUCGACCCCGAGAACGAGGGCGAGCUGGGUUUCAAGGAGGGGGACAUCAUCACCCUCACCAACAAGAUCGACGACAACUGGUACGAGGGCAUGAUCCACGGCAGCUCUGGAUUCUUCCCCGUCAACUACGUGGAUAUCCUGGUGCCCCUGCCCUAAGGUUGUUGCCAUGGCAACGGCCAAUCAGCAGCAGCAGUUUUCCCAGGCGACCAAUCUUAAUCCUUGCAUCCCCAGCUCCCGCCACCCCCAAACAUUCCCGUAAACACACCCUUUUACUCCGCUAAAAAGGAGAUCUAACUACGACGAAGAUAUGAGGACGAAAUCGGCUGUGGCGAGAUCAACAACAGCAUGGUGUCACGGCAACGAGUGCUAACGAAACAGACUUUUGAAAAAUAUAUAUGGAAAAAUAAGCAAUGAUGCCAUUUUGAAUGCCAUCGUGGACAUUUACCAUCAAACCAAUGCUAUAAAAUGCUAUGGUUGUUUUUUCUUUUGUUUCCAAAAAGAGUUUUUCUCGGUUUUAUCCUUAGAAGUUUUUUUCCUUCAGGAGCUUCUACAGUCCCUCAAUCCUUGUCUUUCCUGGCUUCGUCUAGGUUUACAUUGGCUGUGUCUUUCAAAAUGGCCAUUACUAUCCUUCUCUGUACUUUGUGGAAUCUUCUAGACUAACAUAAUUUUCUCAUCGUCACAUAUUGUAGGCUACUAUUACUGGGCGGUUAUCUGGUCCGUUAGAUCACGUUUAGGUCACGUUUCACACUUUGUUAGACACUGUAGGUCAGGCAUGUUUUAGUGUUUUAUCUUAUCAGAUUAACUUCUUCUAAGUACGUUCAAGCUAAAUAUAUGUUCGAUUAUUCCUGUUUGAAAAGGGUAGCCUUCUGUUUGCAUGCAUGGAUAGUUUCCUAGAGAGACCAUAUCCAUUUCAUGCUAAACAACAGAUUUAUGUUUCCGACGGAUCCCCUCGCUUUUGUCUCGUAAUGGUUGAGGGCUUGGUCAAAGGGAUGGUUGGUCAAGCAAACUUUCACCCCUCUCAAUCAGUGCGCUAAGGAGAGGAUAUCUUUGAUGUGUCUUUUCAUACAGACCUAAACUGAGAGUGAGGUAUGUAAGAAUUCAAAGUGUGAUUUAAUAAAGACACCAAAGUUACACCAAACUGGCCACCUCUGCCUCUUGCAGGAGUGUAGGCCUACAGUAGAGCUGAGUGGUGUCAAUGGCAGAUCUACCCGAUUUUCUAUCCGAGGGUGUAGUUCGUUUGCGAUCUACAGUACAUUGUUUCGUUGGCAUUCUAUAUCACACAAGUCCUCUGUGUGAUUUAGGUAUGUCUCAUGAUUACAUCUGCUGUAUUUGAGCCAAUGGUUAUCAAUUGGCGAGGAAUAUUUACGGAAACAAAAUACUCAAUUGUGUAGUUCAAUUGUUUUUUAAGUGGCGUAUAAGCAAAAAUUGGAACCGUUUCCAUAAUAUGAAAUAACGUUAAAAAAAUCUUCUCAAUGUGUAUUUUACCAAUGACGUGGAAAUAUUUGUGAAAAAAUGGUUGAUGUAUUGCGCUAUAACUUAUAGGAGUUUUCCGCUUAUUGGAGUUAGCCUUAUUCUCUUCAACCGUUGGCAAAGUUGUUUUCACUGUAUCAGAAUGUCCGUUAGUCAGUCAUCAAUAGAGUGUAGCUGUCUAUAAGUCAUGGAAUCCGAUAGGACUAGCUUUAGCUGACAGUGCUUACAGACAAAUACUGUAUUAUGAGGACAAUGGAAUACACUAGCAAUGCUGUCUCAAUCAGAAAAGAGAACAUUUUAUAAAAAGUGAACAUGGUGGCAUAUUUAAUUUAAGGAUACUAACAUCAAUAACCAGAUGCAAAGUACCCAACCCCUUUAUAUCUUACACUUUGUCAGGGGAUCCUUAGUCCCUAUCGCUUGUUGAUUGUCCUUCCCUAGUCAUAUCCCAGGAAUGAAUGGCAGCACAUGUAAUAAUACACAAUACAAGUUACCAAAGCAACAUAGACUGUUGCAUAUAAUAAUAGUAAUAAUAAUAAUCAUCAUCAUCAUUUGGUGGGUACAAGUGUGUAUUAAUACGCAUGUGUGAAUUGGAAAUGUGUAUUUUUGCAUAUCCCACUCUCCCUGAGACCCUCAGAGAGUGGGGUCAAGGCCAGGGUCUACUAAAGCAAUUGAAUAAUACUGUACACUCCAAGUUCUGGCCUCUGGGUCUGUCUAGGUUUUCUCCAGCAUUUUGAGGACUUCAUUCUCAGUGGUUUUCCCUUCUGCAAAUCCAAUGUGAAACUGUAUGUGUGUAACAGACAGGGCAAUAAGGGUUUCACCCAUUUUAUCACUGUUGGGUGGGUGGGUGUGGUUUGGUUGGGAGGAGGUUGGUAUGUGUUUUGUGCAGGAGGAAGGGGUUGUAUUCGACACAGGUGGUUUGGCCUACUGUGGUUUGUAUCUAUGAAGUGUACAUUUCUAUUUUUUCUGUCAGUAUUAUUUUUCAUUCAUUGAAAUCCUCCUGGAUGUCUCUGAUAAAGGACCGAUACAGUAUAGCGCAAUGAUACUAUUGUUGAAGCUGAACCAACCGAAAACCCAUCUAUAGCGUUCAUUUUUGUAAGGGAAGCACAACUUGAAACGGUCUCGUUUGUCGGCAGAAUAAGCAGAUUCAGUUUGGAACUGGCUGUGCGUUCAAGUUUUUUUAAAGGCUAUAUAUUUCCUUCAUUUUAUUUUCUUGAUCUUUUUUUAAACCAUUAUCGUGUGUAUCUUUGCCCUCAAUGAGGACUGUACAGCUUUUCAGUGUUUUGUUUUCACCUUGUGUGUGUGUAUAGUAGCGCAUCUACGGUAUCGUAUUUUAUUUUUGUAACUGUGAUAAAGUAUAUGCAUAUAUAUAUACACAGUAAUUAUAUAGAACUAUUGUGAUGGGAGGGAUUCUUUGUGCUGCACAGAAUUGUUUUUGGUUUCAUCCCUUGCACCGGAUUACAAGACAAUAUUGAUAUACCUUGAUGUUAAAAAUUACAAUAAAAAUCUCUCAAUGUAACUUAUUAAAAUAAACACCAAGGUUAGUGUU